AUGACUAUCGAAGCCAUGAAAGUUUUUGAAAACUGUUACGGGGUUUAUAAAUUUGAACAAUUCUAUUCAAGAAGAGAUGCUGGGAAUAAUAUUCUUUGUGAAAAUGGAAUAGAAUUUGUAGUGAACAAAACUUCGUCAGUAGUUUGCAAUAUUCUACAAGAAAGUACAACGGGAAUGAUGACGUGUUUUGAAGAAAGUACGUCUAGUGUUGUGAUUUGUGAUGCAGGAUGGGUAAAACUAGGGAAUGGAUGUUAUAUGUUCACUCCAGAUGGAACAAAACACUGGACUUAUGCUAAGACAUUUUGUAAUGGCAUCGGUGGUUACCUAGCAAUAAUAGAAACUUCAGAAGAAGAUGAGUUACUUAAAUCCCAUGUAGCCAUUAUCGAUCCGUAUAAAGAUUACUGGAUUGGAGGUUCUGACUUGGCAACAGAAGGAGUGUUUAUCUGGGAAAAUACUAGUGCCACUGUGAAUUUGCCUACCAGUACUUUGUUUCAAGGAUGGGAACCAGGUCAACCCGAUAACAAUGACGAGAACCAGCAUUGUAUGAUGCUUGCUUACCAACGUAAUUUCAACUGGAAUGAUGCAAAAUGUGACUAUCCUAGAGACUUUGUAUGUGAAAAAAACUGA